AUGAGGCUCUUUCAUGGCAUUAUUGCUUGCCUUGUGGUUUUGCCUUUGGCAUCCGCUACUCUCGACAAAAACGCUUCAUUGAUCUUGGGCACUUUGCCCAACUGUGCGUCGAAAUGUCUAGUAACAAACGUCUUGACCUCAACAUGUGACCUCGAAGAUAUCCAAUGCACAUGCGAGAACGCAUCCCUCCAAAAAGAGAUCGAGACAUGCGUUUUAGCGACUUGUACCAUCAGAGAAGCAUUAUCGAUAACAAUGCUCCUCGCUGCCUUUUGCAUCUGUAUCAACGCUUUCGGGUCGGUCCCCAAUGGCAUAGGGACUGACAUUUGGACCCUCACUCCCGAGCAAAUAACAAAUUUUGGCUACUGGUUCUAUGUCAUUGUCCUCACCUACUUUAUACUGCAGACGACGAUGAAGCUUAGCCUGCUCUUCUUCUAUCUUCGCAUCUUCCCGAGCAAGGGUGUACGCAGGCUUCUAUGGGGAACUGUCGCGUUUAUUUGCGCUAACGGGACAAUCUUUGCACUUGUUGCCACCUUCCAAUGCCGGCCCAUCAGUCACUUUUGGACCAAAUGGGAUGGGAAUCAUAAGGGCUGGUGUGCCAGCGUCAAUGGCGUUGCCUGGUCUAAUGGUGCUAUUAAUAUUGCAUCAGAUUUCUUAAUUCUCAGCAUUCCGCUCUUUCAACUAAGGAAAUUAAAUCUGGACUUGAACAAGAAGAUUGGUAUCGGUCUGAUGUUUAGUGUCGGUGCCUUCGUUACCUUUAUGAGCAUCUUCCGCCUAUACGCAUGUAUCGUCGCGGGAGUGAGCCACACGGACAACCAAUCAUGGGAUUACCUCGCCAUGUCGAAGUGGUCUACCGUGGAGGUCAACGUUGGCAUAUGGUGUGCGUGCAUGCCUACACUGCGCAUUAUGCUUAUGCGACUCUUUGGUCAAUCCAAGCGCUACAUCAACUAUGGUAGCAACAAGAGUGGCCAAGAGAGUAGUCGAGAAGACCCCAACAGACCUCGCACUAAAUCAUAUCCUUUGGAGGGGAUACCAGGCGCAAGUGCAAGCGCAAACGCCGUCAAGGGAGCACGCGGAGGAAUUAAGCCCGUCGGAAUCACUUGCGACACCAUUGUCGAGGUGGAGUAUGGUGCCCACGAUGAUGAAACAAAUCUGGUGCAUAUGAAACCUUUCGAUCGUUCCAAGAGUUAUCGCUCCUUCUCCCAGUCUGAGGCUUCGGUCUAG